CCCCGCCCCCGCUCCGCAUCCCCGGGUUCUCUGCGAGCACCAGUUGCACAGCGGCCAGAGCCGACAGACAGACGGCAGCGGCGCGGCAGCACCGGCGUGGGCCUCCGCGUGGCAGCCGGCGUGGCGCGGCGCUGGCCCGGGCUGCUGCGCGCUGCCCAGGCGUCUGGGCGCCGCUGGGCCGCGGCAGGGGGCAUGGAGCCCUCGGACUGCUUGGGCUCCGGCCCGGGCUGCGAGCCGGCCGCCACCUACGACUUCCUGGUCAUCGGCGGCGGCUCGGGCGGCCUGGCCAGCGCCCGGCGUGCGGCCGAGCUCGGAGCGCGUGCGGCCCUGGUGGAGAGCCACAAGCUGGGGGGCACCUGCGUGAAUGUCGGAUGUGUGCCCAAAAAGGUCAUGUGGAACACCGCGGUCCACUCAGAGUUCAUUCACGACCAAGAGGAUUAUGGUUUCCAGAGCUGUGAUGCUAAGUUCAAUUGGCGAGUUAUCAAGGAGAAGCGGGAUGCCUACAUAAGCCGCCUGAACAACAUCUAUCAAAACAACCUCACCAAGUCCCAGAUAGAAAUCAUUCGGGGCCAUGCAGCCUUCACAAGUGACCCUGAGCCCACCGUGGAGGUGAAUGGGAAGAAAUACCGCGCUCCCCACAUCCUGAUCGCCACGGGGGGUUUCCCAACCCUUCCCAGUGAAGACCAGAUCCCUGGUGCCAGCUUGGGAAUGAGCAGCGAUGGCUUCUUCGAGCUGGAAGACUUGCCCAGGCGCAGCGUGAUCGUGGGCGCUGGCUACAUUGCUGUGGAGAUAGCGGGCAUCCUGUCGGCCCUCGGCUCUCGGACGUCACUGAUGAUACGUCACAACAAGGUGCUUCGAUCUUUUGAUUCAAUGAUCAGCUCCAACUGCACUGAAGAACUGGAGAAUGCGGGCAUCGAGGUCCUGAAGUACUCCCAGAUCAAGGAAGUGAAGAAGGCCUCCUCUGGCUUGGAGCUGACCGUGGUGACGGCGGAGCCCGAGAGGAAGCCCACCAUCUCCACAAUCUCGGACGUGGACUGCCUGCUGUGGGCCAUCGGGCGCACCCCCAACGUCAGGGGCCUGAACCUGAACCAGCUGGGCAUUCAGACCGACAGCGAAGGGCACAUCCUGGUUGAUGAAUUCCAGAACACCACCAGAAAGGGCGUCUAUGCUGUCGGGGAUGUGUGUGGGAAAGCUCUUCUUACUCCAGUCGCAAUUGCCGCGGGAAGGAAACUUGCCCACAGACUUUUUGAAUGCAAAUUGGACUCCAAGCUAGACUAUGAAAACAUUCCCACUGUGGUCUUCAGUCACCCGCCGAUUGGGACAGUGGGACUCACGGAAGAUGAAGCCAUUUCUAAGUAUGGGAAAGAAAAUGUGAAGACCUAUAUGACUGCCUUUACCCCUUUGUACCAUGCAGUGACUAGAAGGAAAACCAAGUGUGUGAUGAAGAUGGUGUGUGCCCUCCAGGAAGAGAAGGUGGUGGGGAUCCACAUGCAGGGAAUCGGGUGUGACGAGAUGCUACAGGGCUUUGCUGUGGCCGUGAAGAUGGGGGCCAGAAAGGCCGACUUUGACAACACGGUGGCCAUCCACCCGACCUCCUCGGAAGAGCUGGUGACGCUCCGCUGAAAGAGGCCGACUCUCGGAGACCGUUGCCUAACGCCACUGCCAGACGCCUCUUUUCUCAUUCCUCUUUUGUAGACUAAGUUUCAGUCCAGUUCCUUUAUGGUCACGAAGAUUUUCAAUAAAUAGCAGACACGAUUUCUGUAA